AAUAAACUUGACUCAUACGCUGAAAGUGAAAGUGUACAGGAGAGUGGGCAGGUCAUGUCGACUCCAAAAACAUAUCUACAACUAGUGAAACAGAGCUUGACUGGUACGGCAGUCCUCCCACAUGAGAAAAAAAUGGGAAAUUCAUGCUCAAAAAAAUCUUCCCAUCAUUAUUGUACACCAGAUGAAAGACUGGGAAGCCCACUGAAUAAUGCAUGCAACAGGAUACUAGAGAGAAAAAGGAACAAUGGACCAUCAACACCUCCUCUUUUUUGUGCACCAGAUGAUGAACAAGGACAUCCUCCAGACCACACAGACAACAGAGUACAAAACACAAUGACUGUAGGGACAUCGAAUGCUUCUCCUCCUCCUCUUCCUGCACGAGGUCAAAGGCUAAUAUCAGAACGUGUUCCUCCUGUGCUUUCACAAGUACUAAAUGAGCCUUGGAGGCAAGUGAUAUGGAGUGAAAAAGAUGCAACAUUAAAGUACCUGGAAGGUUUUAAGCCAAGUUUGGAGGUCCUCAGAAUUCUGCUGCAUGGACCAACUGGCGCAGGGAAGUCAUGCUUCAUCAAUUCUGUCCAGAGGAACCUCUUAGGCCGUAAUGCCAUUGGUGCUCUGGAACAGACGACACAAUCUGGAACGAGCUUUACUAAAACAAUCAGAUCACACAAGUUGAAAAAGCGUGGAGGUGGACGCUUUCCUUUUAUAUUGAGUGACAUCAUGGGACUCGAGCCAGAGAAUACAGGAGGAAUACUAACUGAGGACAUCAUCAAAGUGUUAGAGGGACACAUUUCAGAUGGCUACACUUUCAAUCCUAUGGGACCUAUAACUGAGGAUCACCCAAAGUACAAUCACUACCCAAAUCUAUGUGAUAAAGUCCACUGUCUGGUGAGCGUCAUUCCUGCUGACAAUAUCUCAAGAAUGAGUGACAAAGUGAUUCACAAAAUGUGGACAAUUCGACAGAAAGCAGCUGAAAUGAACAUACCACAAGUCACUGUGUUGACAAAAGUGGAUAUAGCAUGUAAGGUGGUCAAUGGAGACUUGAAAAAGGUUUAUUACAGUAAAAAGAUCAAAGAGAAGGUACAGGAAUGCAGUAUAAAAAUUGGUCUCCCACUGAACUGCAUCUACCCUGUGAAGAACUAUCAUGCAGAGAUCACCCAAGAUGCCAAUAUUGAUGCCCUUAUUCUCAUGGCACUAAGGGACAUUGUCAACUUUGCCAAUGAUUAUGUGGAGGAUCUGGAGGAAUAAAGUGCCAGCUAUUUAAUACAAAACAAGGGUCAUGCAGAGACCUACAGAGGGGCAGGUGCCCAGACUUAAAAACACCAUGCUUUCAAUUUGGAGGGGCACACAGAACACACGAUUUUAACACAUUACAACAUAACCUGUUGAACUAUAGCAAUUACUGAUAUUCAGGCAGAACAUGAGAAACCUACUACAAAAUACUGUCAGAAAACCAGGCAAUGUCAAUAAUUUUGCUAUCAAAUCAAAAUAUCCUGAUAACAAUGACAGUUCCACUAAAAUAACUGCAACCUUUUAAACUGAUUUAUUUCCAAAAGAAUUCAUAAUUCUUCUAUAUAUAUAUAUAUAUAU